AUCGUAUACAAGCACAGACCCGAAGACGUUGCUGCUAGGUCCUCAUCUGACGAUAAAGUGAGACCUGAAGACGCAUUGAAGCUGAUCAAUCACGGCGAUAAGUACGCCGAUGCAAGCCAGGAGUUGCCACAGCCAAUUGACGUACUGCCUCUUUUGCAUGCGAUUAGACUUUUUCUUUGUUGUACUUAUUCGAUUUUGAUCACUUCCUUUCCUUAGUAGCUAGUUGUAGUAAAUUACCCCACGACCACCUGAUGUCGUUGUGAAGAGCAUAGUCGUACUACUUGUUAAAAAUCUUCGAUUCUCAACGAUUCCAAUCGAAAAUACUACAGGUAACCGAGCUCCGAGAACAAAUUUUAGUUGCGUUUCCGCAGGCGCCACUAGUUUUGCGAGGGAGCUUUUUCUACAAUUGCGACAUCACUGGAAAAUUGGACCGACGAACAAGGAUAUUCCCGGUUUUAGUCGACCUCUUUGGCGACUGGGCACGAGAACGAAUCCUCGCUGCUGGGGCAGCAGAAGAAAGAACUAGUGAAGAAAGACAACGAAAUUCUAGAGCAGCUUCUAGAGCUUCUUCUAGAGGGAAGAAGU